UGAUCUUAUGAGGAGAGAUAGCCGAAAUCAAUCGGAGAUUCGAGAUUUUAACUGACCAGCAUGACCUCAUGAAACAUGCCAAUGUUGUGAAAUAUCCAACCUACUAGAAACUCCGUACGAUGUAAAGCGUGGCUCAAAUGGCAGCUCGAAUAUAUAUCUUCCGCUGGGAAUGCGAUCUCGCAGAUCCAAGCUGUUCUCAGUCGGCAAAACUUAUGGAGAAACCCCCACAGAGUUUUCACAGCAAUUGCACACGAUUGAAGAACAAGUCAUCAUGGCACUUCAGACUCCCUCCCAUCCUUUCUACCCCAUCGAUGCGAUCAUUGAGGACUACGCGCCCAAUGAAGCUCCUCUGCUCACUAUCUUAACUACUGCAAGUCUUGGUGCGACGGCUCUCCUGGGUACAACUUGGCUACUGACCGGCUUCAAACGACCCCAAAUAACAACGGUAGAUCGGAUUGCCAUCCUGUGGUUUGUGCUCUCCGGAAGCAUCCACUGCUUCUUUGAAGGAUACUUCAUGAUCCAUCAUGACCGCAUGGCAUCCGCACAAGACUUCUUCGGGCAGCUCUGGAAAGAAUAUGCCCUGUCUGAUUCCCGGUACAUGACCUCCGACACGCUUGUGCUUUGCAUGGAGACUAUUACUGUGCUUGUCUGGGGUCCCUUGUGCUUUUUGGUGGCAUAUUUCAUUGCGACUCAACACUCCCUGCGCCAUCCGUUCCAGAUCGUUGUCUGCAUGAGCCACCUCUACGGCGAUAGCCUGUACUAUGCCACCAGCUUAUUCGAUCAUUAUGUGCAUGGAAUCGCCUACUGCCGUCCCGAAGCCCUCUAUUUUUGGGUCUAUUACUUCUUCAUGAACUUCAUCUGGAUUGUGGUUCCCUUCUACUACCUCUACCAGAGUAUGCGGACGAUCUCAGCGGCCUUUAAGACCAUGGGAGAGAGAUCUAUGCAGCAAAAGGCGCGAUAAAUCCCAAGAGUAUGAUGUCAUCGAAUCCCGGGCGGUUUGAGACGAGGGGAAAAUGGAGACGGCGAGCCUCGACUAGUCCUGAUUACUGCCCGGGUGGUCUAGGCUAGGCAGACGAUGAGGCCCUUUUCCGCGUGGGAUCAACAUUCCGGCCGGGGAUCGGACAUGCCAUCAUCAUUGUUCAGAUUGAGGGGGCAUCUUUCAUCGAUCUCUCGCCCACGUCG